AUGUCUGUUUAUCAGCAAGACCACCAACAAGAAGGCUCUUACCAUCGCAACCUGGCUGUUGACCCAUGCUAUGGCGUCAAAGAGAACGUCCGGUCGGCAUAUACCAGUCGCGCCAAGACAUGGGAGCCUACGACGCGUCUUCAAUCGCAAACGACCUCACUACAACCCAAGGAACAGAUUGCGACGACUCGGAACAUCGCCAUCAUGGAAGCUGAUUACCCAGGGACGGAUAAGCAAAAGAACGCCUACGAUGAAGCGCGAGCUGCCUUCGACAAACGCGACUUUGCGACUGCAGCGAAAAAAGCAUAUGCACUCCUCGACAAGUACACCGGCUUUAUGCCCACUUCCACCCAUACAAAGCUUCUCGCCCUGCUUGGUGCCUCCUCCACCAACGGAGAAGUCGUGCUUGGGCAAAUGCUCAGUUCGAUUCAGACGGCGUACGAAGGACAUCUGGGAGAACUUGGGCUACCUCCAGCGGUAUACCACCAUCCCAUUAUUCCAAAGCUUCGUUUCUUGAAGAAGCCUACCGAAGUCAGUUACAUAGCGGAAGAACUUGUGCGAAAGAGUCUGGACAGGUUCACAGAGAUGUAUGAAAUCAAGCAAAUGACGCCUGCGCAACUACUUCAAAGGCUGGCCAGAGCGGUCGAAGACGUCGAACGCGGUUCGGCAGCAGAUGAACCAUCGACAAAGGGGGACGAGGACGUCUACACAAGGGUACGAAGGUCUUCGAAGCCAAAGCGGGUCGCGCUCAAACUGACGUGA